AUGUGCUGGUCCGAGAUCUGGUUCUGCGAAAUAUGUCGCAUCUCCCACGUAACCAUCACCUUCCACUGUCCACAGUAUCUCUCAGCGACAGAGCCAUGCACCCCUAUCUCCCACGAAGUACCCGUAAUGGUAGGAUUCUGCGCUAAAUGCGCACUCCCAGGCCCCCUUAUCGCACGUGCCAUAGACCAGAGGCGUCUAAUCGACCAAAUCCGCAUCAAACUAUUCCUCCUUGGUCCUGUCGUAGUCAAAGAAUACCCUGCCCUCUUCGCUGAUGGCAUUUCAGCCCUCAUAAUACCUGCUAGUCCUACCUUUGAAACCAUCUCAGCCACAGUUACCCACCAGGGCAUGCUACUAGGACCUGAUGGAGUGGUUCAAGUGCCAAACAUCGAUAACUUGGAUCAACUCGAUCCAUACAUUUGCCAGAAGUUCGGCCUUAACAAGCUGUCCCUUGGUCCUGACGAUUCAGUGCCGGAUUACGCUCCGACUGACCGCGUGCUUGCCCCGAUCGGCACCGGGCGACCUGCACCUUCCUCCCUCCACCUCCCGGCACUUGCCGCAUCCUCCGCAGCCACGGCUGUUCCCACAUCAUACGCCUCAGUCGCAGCUGCCACAUACACCGCAACUAGCGCAUCUGGCGCUGCGGGAGGAAGCUUGACCAAGAAAGGCAACAAGAAGGGCAAGGAAGCUGGCAAGAAGGGACCUGCCCCCGUGACAACACAGGCAGCACCUUCCCUCCCUCGCGCGGGCCUCACCUUCCGCGACGCUCUCAAGAAGCCGGCAGGCGCCCGCUAA